AAUAACACACAGUCCUUCAGUAGAAGCAGACAGUGUGUGAUUCAGCUGCAGCCCUCUCCCCCCUCACUCCAUCCAUUCACUGCUCUGAAGACAGAUCCACUGAGCACUGAGGCUGCAAACUUCUUCCAAGCUCCCGGAUUUACUCCUCUCCUAAGAUGUUGUCACUCUGGACUGCAUUUCUUCUGGGCACAUCAUGUCUUCUUCUCCCUUCAUUGUCUGAGCCUGACAACCUAAAGGUGAAACAAAGAGCCCUUCGUCAGAAAGACCUGGAAAUCGUAGACAGAUACAAUGGAUUGUGCAUGCAAGGCAGUAUGGGUCUUCCUGGGCGAGAUGGUACUCCAGGAGCUAACGGAAUUCCCGGAACACCUGGCAUUCCGGGACGUGAUGGUGCGAGAGGAGAGAAAGGAGAAUGUAUGAGAGAGAGCCUGGUGGAGCCAUGGACACCUAACUACAAACAGUGCGCCUGGAGUGCCUUAAACUACGGCAUAGACCUGGGCAAAAUCACGGAAUGUACAUUCACGAAGAUGCGCUCACAAAGUGCCCUGAGAGUUGUGUUCAGCGGCUCUCUGCGCCUGAAAUGUAAGACCGCCUGCUGCCAGCGCUGGUACUUCACUUUCAAUGGAGCCGAGUGUUCUGGACCCCUCCCCAUCGAGGCCAUUAUAUAUCUGGACCAAGGCAGUGUGGAGUUCAACUCUACCAUAAACAUCCACCGAACUUCUACAGUGGAAGGUCUGUGUGAAGGGAUUGGCGCAGGGCUGGUUGAUGUUGCGGUCUGGGUGGGGACGUGCGCAGAUUACCCCAGAGGAGACGCCUCCACCGGAUGGAAUUCUGUAUCUCGGAUCAUUAUCGAGGAACUGCCCAAAUGAAGCUCAUCAGAGGGUAGAAAAUAGGAGCGCAAUAUCUUUGUGACAAUUAUAAAUAAUCAGCUCUUAUUUACCAGGAGAAAAAACUCCCCGUGACAUAGCUGUAGUCAAAUGAUUUUGUAUUCCAGUUCUGAUAUUGUUUUCAAGUAUGUUUUUAAUAAAAAAAAAAAUAUCCCA